ACUAAAUUAUUUAUUCUUUUUUAUAAACAUAUAAAAGAUACAUUGCCAUUCUUGCAAUAUUACGGCUACGGCUAGUCUUUGCUAUAGGAUGGUGACCUCCUAGGGUAGGUUCUUGGCUGUAAACACUCAGUCGAUGAGCAGGCUGUAAAUAGCUGGGAUUACACUGUAAAUAGGUGUAAACAGACCGCCCUGGCCGGUCUUGGCAGUAAGUGGUGCUAUAAAAGAAAAUACAAGGCAUACCAUUGAAGACUCACUAAAAAUUCUUGAGUGUAGUGCAUCUGCUUUGAAAAAAGUAGUUGCUUAUAUUAAAAAUGCCUCAUUGAAAACAUUUAAAAAACUGAAGGUUUAUUCAAUAAAAAUAAUCUAGACACAGGUCACUCUGAGUGAGAUGUCUCUGUAUGACAAAAAUUACUGGAAGUUUAUUGAAAAAAGGUCUGCUAAAUUACCAACGAACCGGAAUGAUCGACUUUGUUUUGUUCAGUAUCUUGAACUUUUAGCAACUUUUUUUGAUGGCAUUCUUACAACACAACAGGUGCAAAAACAACUAGUAAAAGAAAACCUUGGGCUCGUUGAAUUAAUGGACCAUCUGUCGAAUCAAUUAGCAAAGAAGCAAAUAUUCUUCUAGAGUGAUACAGGCUCCAA